UCCGGCUGGGACCAGCGCGGCCCGGGAGCUAUGUGAUGAUGCUAUAGGUGCGCCCCGCGUGCUGCCUGGAGAGGCGCCCUGUGCAGCCCCGAACCACCGCCGCUGCCGCCUAUGUCGGCGUCGCGCUCCGCGUGGAUGGUGUGGCGGCUCUCGGCCCGCGCGGGGCCCUCGCUGCGCCAUGCCGCCGCCGUCUUCCGCGUGCCCAGCCGGGCCGCCGGCGCCGCCUCCGGCAGGAACGACUCAUGGGCGCCCAACACGUCCCUGUUCGUGCCGCUAAAGCUCAACCCCGAGGGCUCCGGGGCCGGCGACGACGUGGGCGCAGAGCUCACGCGCUCGCUUGACAAGAGUGAAGUUCUGAACAAAUUAAAUAUGUUUUACAAAAGGAAAGAAAUGCAGAGACUGGGAGCAGAGAAUGGACUGGAUGCUCAUCUCUUUCACCAGGCAUUUGUAAGCUUUAGGAAAUACAUCUUGGAGUCCCAGUCCUUGAGUGCUGAUGUACAUAUUAUUCUAAAUGAUAUAUGUUGUGGUGCAGGUCAUGUGGAUGACCUCUUUCCAUUUUUCUUGAACCAUGCUAAACAGAUCUUUCCUAUGUUGGACUGCAUGGAUGAUCUGCGCAAAAUCAGUGACUUAAGAUGGCCACCUAACUGGUAUCCAGAAGCCAGGGCUAUUCAAAGAAAGAUAGUCUUCCAUGCUGGCCCUACAAAUAGUGGAAAAACAUACCAUGCUAUCCAACGAUAUUUGUCAGCAAAAUCAGGAAUAUAUUGUGGUCCAUUAAAACUGCUGGCCCAUGAGAUCUUCCGAAAGUGUAAUGAUGCUAAUGUGCCAUGUGAUUUAGUCACAGGAGAAGAACGUGUAUGUGUUGAUCCAGAAGGCAAACAAGCUGCCCACGUUGCUUGCACUAUUGAGAUGUGCAGUGUUAACAUACCUUGUGAAGUGGCUGUCAUAGAUGAAAUUCAGAUGAUCAGAGAUCCAGCUAGAGGAUGGGCCUGGACCCGAGCACUUUUAGGGAUCCCUGCAACAGAAAUUCACAUUUGUGGAGAAGAUGCUGCUAUUAAUUUCAUAACAGAGCUCAUGUAUACAACAGGAGAGGAAGUGGAGGUCAGAAACUACAAGAGACUUACGCCUGUAACUGUGCUGGAUUAUGCCCUAGAAUCUUUAAAUAACCUUCGUCCUGGUGACUGCAUUGUUUGUUUUAGUAAGGCUGAUAUUUAUUCUGUGAGUCGACAGAUUGAAGCUCAAGGAUUAGAAUGUGCUGUCAUAUAUGGCAGUCUCCCACCAGGGACAAAACUUGCCCAAGCCAAGAAAUUCAAUGACCCUGAUGAUCCCUGUAAAAUUUUAGUUGCUACAGAUGCAAUUGGAAUGGGGCUCAACUUGAGUAUAAAAAGAAUAAUUUUCAACUCUCUAGUAAAGCCGAGUAUCAGUGAAAAAGGAGAAAAAGAAAUGCAAGCAAUUACUACUUCUCAGGCUCUACAAAUUUCAGGCAGAGCUGGAAGAUUUAGUUCUGUGUUCAAGGAAGGAGAAGUAACUACAAUGCAUUGGGAUGAUCUUAGGCUUCUGAAAGAAAUUUUGAAUAGGCCUGUGGACCCUAUACAGGCAGCUGGUCUACAUCCUACUGCUGAGCAGAUAGAAUUGUUUGCGUACCAUCUCCCCGAUGCCACUCUGUCAAAUCUCAUUGAUAUUUUUGUGAGUCUCUCACAAGUGGAUGGACUCUACUUUGUCUGUAAUAUUGAUGACUUCAAAUUUGUAGCAGAUAUGAUUCAGCACAUUCCUCUAAAUUUAAGAGCAAGGUACGUGUUCUGCACAGCACCAAUCAACAGGAAACAGCCUUUUGUCUGCACCUCACUGUUGAAGUUUGCAAGACAGUUUAGUAGAAAUAAGCCUCUGACAUCUGAUUGGCUCUGCAAGCAUACAAAGUGGCCAUUCACCCCACCAGGGAACAUCAGGGAACUUGUACACCUGGAAUCUGUCCAUGAUGUCUUUGACCUGUAUCUGUGGUUAAGUUACCGAUUUAUGGACAUGUUCCUGGAUAUUGACAAGGUAAAAGAGAUCCAAAAAGAACUAGACAAGGUUAUACAGGAUGGUGUGCGCAGCAUUAUAAGGCUUAUCAGAGCUUCAGCAGCUCAUAUUUCUGAUUCUCUGGCUGUACCAGAUAACUCUCCUUGGAAAAAGGCUGAAGUUAACAACAGGAUAUUGAGCUUUGAAGAUCUUCCGGUAGAAAACCAAGAACAGCUCCCAAGUGACAGGAAGGUCCCAGGACAGAGAAGAAUGAGGGGAUCAAAAGCUUUGGGUAACAGACCUGCUGAAGUACAGCCAGAUGUGGAAAACUAUGGACAGGAUUCUCUUGCAACCAGGCUAGUGCGUGGAGGACACCUUUCCAAAGAAGUGCUGAAGCAGUUGGAGAAAGAGUGGCAGAUUAAGUACAGUAAGAAAAAUGUCCCUGCUACAAAGAGAAAUCAUCAGAAUGUUUCAAAGGGGAGUGUGAUAGAGAAGUAGUAAAAUCAUGUCCUAAAUCUAUGUAACUUUUAUUCACAAAAUAAAAAGUACUUUAGUAACCUUU